UGUAAAGGAGACGCCAUUUUGCAAGCGUCACUCGGCGGCGUGUCAGGUUUCCGCGUUUGACCAAAAUAUUUCCACCUGAGCCAUAAUAUUGUGUUGUUUUGUGUAAUAUGUCAUACCAGUCAAGUGUAGCGCAGGACUCCUUAGCUGCGGCACAAUUAGAAAUGACCGGUAACCCCAAUACAUUGGCUUUACGUCGGCCAUUCGACCCAGUGGCCCACGACUUGGAGGCAAGUUUUAGGCUGACGCGCUUCGCCGAUUUAAAGGGAAGAAGUUGUAAAGUACCUCAAGAUGUGUUGGGUAAACUCGUGGAAUCACUCCAGCAGGAUUAUUCCCAAUCAGAGCAAGACCAAUUUAUGCAUGUGGCGAUCCCGCGCAUCGGCAUCGGCUUGGACUGCUCGGUGACGCCGCUCAGGCAUGGUGGCCUUUGUUUAGUGCAAACUACUGACUUUUUUUACCCUCUAGUCGACGACCCUUACAUGAUGGGGAAGAUCGCGUGUGCCAAUGUUUUGAGCGAUCUGUACGCGAUGGGUGUAACGGAGUGCGACAACAUGCUCAUGCUGCUCGGCGUCUCCACAAAAAUGACUGAAAAGGAACGCGACGUCGUUAUUCCUUUGAUCAUGAGAGGAUUCAAGGACUCUGCGCUGGAAGCCGGCACGUCAGUCACUGGCGGCCAGACAGUCAUCAACCCAUGGUGCACCAUCGGCGGGGUGGCUACAACUAUCUGCCAACCUAACGAAUACAUUGUGCCGGACAACGCAGUCAUGGGCGACGUGCUUGUGUUGACAAAGCCCCUUGGCACUCAAGUGGCUGUGAACGCUCACCAGUGGCUGGACCAGCCUGAACGCUGGAACCGUAUCAAACUCGUCGUCUCCGAGGAAGAUGUGCGUAAAGCAUACCAUCGUGCGAUGGACUCCAUGAGCCGGCUAAACCGAAUUGCAGCUAGACUUAUGCAUAAAUACAACGCUCACGGUUCCACUGAUGUAACUGGAUUUGGUUUAUUAGGACAUGCACAGAACUUGGCCUCCCAUCAAAAGAACGAAGUCUCGUUUGUUAUCCACAACUUACCUGUAAUCGCGAAAAUGGCUGCUGUUGCCAAGGCAUGUGGUAACAUGUUCCAAUUGCUGCAAGGGCAUUCCCCGAAAACGUCUGGUGGGCUUCUGAUCUGUCUCCCAAGAGAGCAGGCUGCAGCAUACUGCAAGGACAUUGAGAAGCAGGAGGGCUACCAGGCCUGGAUCAUCGGAAUUGUGGAGAAGGGCAACCGCACUGCUCGCAUUAUUGACAAACCACGAGUUAUUGAAGUGCCGGCUAAAGAUUAAACUAAUUUGAAUUCAAGGCAUUUGUCUUCUAAAUUCUUUUUAAAUUAAAAUUAAGGACAUUGGAGAGCUGGAGAAAUCUUAAAUUUUAUUUUAUAUAAUAAAUAUGUAUGUUUUGAUUGUAAUAUCUUGAAGUAUUGUAAGUUACUGUUUUUGGUUACUUUACGCGAUACACAGCUGCAUAGUCUUUAAAGUUUAAAGCUAUCAAUAUACUUUUAGAUAUUCAAUCUAGUGACUACCUACUUGGUGUUUAUAUAAUGUAAGAAUAUUCAUUAAUAAAGUUAUGAGAAUAAUUCCAUUAGGCACUUGAACCUAAUUUGUUUGCAGCUUGUGGAAUGUUUCUGCAAAUUGUGAGAUAAGUAUAAUUAUUAGAAUAAAGGUUAUUUUUCAGUCAA